AUGGAGUCUGCUCAGAGGGCCUUUACGGGCAAGAAAACGUUAUGGCAGUCCAUACGCUCAAAUCCCAAGGUUGUUUUCAUCGCGCUCUUUGCUUCCCUCGGUGGCUUCGAGUAUGGCUACCAGCAAGGCGUCCUGGGCCAGUCCCUUGUCAUGACACGCUUCACCUCCAAUUUCCCCUCGGUCGUCCAGUCCUCCUCUGCCACAGGCUGGUUGACUUCUAUCCUCCAGCUCGGAGGUAUUCUAGGCUCUCUUUCCGCUGGAAUUCUGAGUGAACUUAUUUCCAGAAAGCGUACAAUGUUUGUUGCUUGUCUCUGGGUCAUCCUGGGCAGCUAUCUCUACCUUGGUGCCAAGGCUGGCGCGCCGUCUCUGCUUUAUGCCGGCCGCUUCUUCACCGGUGUCGGCGUCGGAAUCUUCAGUGGUGUUGCGCCGCUGUAUAAUGCUGAGCUUUCGCUUCCCGAGAUGCGUGGCUUCCUCGUCUCAUUUUACCAGUUCGCGACUAUUCUCGGAAUCAUGCUCUCGUUCUGGAUCGGCUACGGCAGCAACUACAUUGGCGGCACCGGUGACUCCCAGUCAGAUCUGUCAUGGAGGCUUCCUUCCAUCAUUCAAGGUAUCCCUGCAGCCGCUUUGGCAAUUGGCAUCUGGUUCAUGCCCUACUCUCCUCGAUGGCUGGUCAAAGUGGGACGGGAUGAGGAGGCUAAAGCGACGCUGGCAUGGAUGAGAAAAUUGCCAGUCGAUGACAAAGUGGUCCAGGUUGAAUUCUUAGAAAUCAAAGCGGAAUCUGUCUUUGAAAAGAAAGCUUUCGCCCGAGACUUUCCGAAAAUGGCUGAUGCGAGUCGACAAAAUGCUUUCAAGGAGCAAAUUGCUCAAUACAUCAACUGUUUCCGAACUCGCGAUAAUUUUAAACGCAUUGCGACUGGAUUUCUGGUCAUGGCGGCCCAACAGUGGAGUGGGAUUGAUGCAAUCAUUUAUUACGCUACAAACAUCUUCCAGAGUCUGGGUUUGACUUCUGGAACAAAUGCGUUGCUGGCGACGGGUGUCACCGGCGUAGUGUUCAUGGCCAGCACGAUCCCGGCAAUGUUUAUUAUUGACCGAGUUGGCCGAAAGCCAAUGUUGAUCGUCGGGUCAAUAGUCAUGGGCAUUGCUAUGGUCACCGUAGGUGUUAUUGUGGCCAAGUUUAGGCAUGACUGGCCAUCACACAGUGCAGCAGGUUGGGCCGCUGUCGCGCUCAUCUGGGUAUACAUCGCUGGUUUUGGCGCGACCUGGGGCCCGGUUUCCUGGACUCUCGUCUCCGAAAUCUUUCCCCUUUCCAUUCGCGCAAAGGGCAGCUCCAUUGGCGCCUUUAGUAACUGGCUCAACAACUUUGCCAUUGCCUUUUACUUUCCGCCGAUGCUAGAGGCCUGGGCUUGGGGCACCUACAUCUUCUUUGCCGUCUUCCUGGCCGCUGGCGCCGUGUGGGUCUGGCUCUGCCUUCCGGAAACCAAGAAUGUGAGUCUUGAGGAGAUGGAUCGCGUAUUCAACAGUCACACUGGCGCGAGAGAUGCUCAGCUCUUGCACGAGUCUCAGCAAGAGGUUGGCCUCACGGCGCUGCUCGAGAGCCAGGGCAUGGUGCACGACAAGGCAGGGUCUGUUGCCGUGAUCGAGCAUGUGUAA